UCGGUAGUGGGCUCUUUUUUCAAGUGGCGAAAAGAAAUAACUAACUAUGAAGGAACUCGGGGGUGACGGGAGAGACUCUGAGGAGACAAACGGAUAAAAAAAAAAUCUUGAAGAAUAUUUAUGUAUCAUUGUAAACGAAUCCUGUGUGAAUUCAAAAGGAAAAGGUUUUCAGGAUGAUGUCUGACGCCAGUGAGAUGUUGGCAGCAGCCUUGGAGCAGAUGGAUGGAAUCAUUGCAGGCUCCAAGGCCAUGAACUACUCCAACGGUCUGUUCGAUUGCCAAUCUCCCAGCUCGCCCCUGCUAGGCAGCCUGCGCGCAGUCCACCUCCUAGAGGACCUGCGGGGGGCGCUGGAGCUGAUGGAUGCAGACGAGAGAGAGAAUCUGCGUAGCCAAGUACCUGAUAACACCGCUGAGGGCCUGGUGGAGUGGCUGCAGGCUCGACUGACUAAUGGUCAUGGAUCUGCAGCAAAGGAUUUGGCACAUCAGGAGCGACUGUCUCGGCUAGAGAGCGACAAAGAAUGUCUGGUGCUGCAGGUGAGCGUUCUGACAGACCAGGUAGAGGUGCAGGGAGAAAAGAUAAGGGACCUAGAGAUGUGCCUUGAGGAACACCAGAUGAAACUUAAUGCCACAGAAGAAUUGCUACAGCAGGAGUUGCUGAGCAGGAGCACGUUAGAGACUCAGAAACUGGAGCUGUUGACGGAGGUAUCCAGCCUGAAACUGAAGCUUACAACUACGGAUCGUGAAAACAAGGAAAGCGAGGCCAUUUAUCAGGAACUGAGUGAAAUGCGCCUCAGAGCAGCUUCUGCUGAGACGGAAAAAGUGCAGCAGGAAAGAAGCCUGAAAUCAACCAGAGAAGAACUGGCAGCGCUGCAGAUGCAGCUAGAGGAGCGGGAGCAGGAGCUGAAGAGACUGAAGGAGCAAGUCGGAGCUGAGGUCGUGACCUCAGACGGAAGCCAGAGCAGAGAGAAAGAUUUGGAAGUGCAGAGAAUGAAGCGGGAUUUGGAGUCUUUAACGGUGUCCAAUGAUGAGAAGGAUCGUAAGAUUGAAGAGUUGCAGCAGUCCCUGAUGUGCUGUAGGAAAGUCCAGGACGUGGUGAUGUCAGUAGAGGAAAAGAAAGACAGGGUUGAAGAGGACACUGGGACAGUACCGUGUGAAAGUUCACCCAAAUCCACAACCACUGCAGUUACUGAGCCUCUUUUCCCCACAGGCGCAGAGGAGACUGAUGAGCCUCAGGUGAUUCCAUGCACCGAGUUUCUCUCUGAGUCUGAACACAAAUCGGCAGCUGAUGCAGACCCAUGCCUUCUUACGGACAGUUCCUCGGAGAGGCUUGGAUCAAAAAACUCAUCGAGCAGACCAGAGGCUGAGUCUGGAGAAAGCACAAAUAAGAAAAGCAGCUCUCCCACAGUAUCCCCCUCUCAGCCCAGCCCAGGCGGGAGUGAGCGUUUUGGCACCAAAAAAAUACGCUCCUCGUUUGGGCGGGGCUUCUUCAAGAUUCGCAGUGGGAAGGGAACAGCCAGCUCUCCUGAUCUAGCAGCUGAGGCAGAGAGGAAGAGGACCGAGCAUUUGGAUCUGGCAGGAGUUCCACCUCACAAAUCAAAAGAUCAUGCAGUCUCACCCGAGGGCAAGAAGAAAGCUAAGGGGAUCCGAAAGUUCUUGGGAAUGAUGAGGAGGAGCCAGUCCACGUCUUUUAACCUGGACGAUGCUCCCGAGUCAGAGUUCAGGAGAGGCGGCCUUAGAGCCACAGCCGGCCCGAGACUUGGUUGGUCACGUGACUCGCAACGCAGCAAUAACAAUGAGCUUGACACCCCGUUUGCAUGCUGGAGUACGGGACAGGUGUGUGAGUGGCUGCAGGAGCAGGGUUUGGGCCUGUAUGUGAGUCAGGCUCAGCAGUGGAUCCGCUCUGGACAAACACUACUAAAUGCCUCACAGAAUGACCUUGAAAAGGAGCUGGGCAUCAGGCAUCCUCUCCACAGAAAGAAACUCCAGCUGGCACUUCAGGCUCUGGGCUCAGACGUGGACGACGCUAAAAGCAAACUGGACUUCACUUGGGUUACUCGGUGGCUGGAUGACAUCGGCCUGCCUCAGUACAAAGCCCAGUUUGACGAGGCCCGGGUGGACGCACGCAUGCUUCAUUGCAUGACCGUGGAUGACUUGCUGGGUCUGAAGGUGGGCAGCGUGCUUCACCAUCUCAGUAUCAAGAGGGCCAUCCAGGUGCUGCGCAUCAACAGCUACGAGCCCAACUGCCUCCGACGCAGACCGUCUGAUGAGAAUAACAUCACACCGGCAGAGGUGUGCCAGUGGACCAAUCACAGAGUGAUGGAGUGGCUGCGCUCGGUAGACCUGGCAGAGUACGCACCCAACCUCAGAGGAAGUGGCGUACACGGAGGACUGAUGGUUCUGGAGCCUCGGUUCAAUGUUGAGACAAUGGCCCUCCUCCUGAACAUCCCGCCUAAUAAGACGCUCCUGAGACGUCACCUGGCCACCCACUUCUACCUCCUGAUUGGAGCAGAAGCAGAGAGACUCAAACAGGAGUGUCUGGAGCAUCCGGACUAUGUACUGCUCACCGCCACAGCGAAAGUGAAGCCGAGACGUCUGUCUUUCGGAAGUUUUGGAACGUUGAGGCGGAAGCGGCAGGAGGACAGUGAAGAAUUUCUGUGCCCUCUGGAAGUGCAGAUGCCUCAGAACAGCAGCUUGCACAUCAGUGAGGACAACCUGGAGCAGAUGGAGGACUCGGAAGGCACAGUGAAACAGAUCGGAGCCUUUUCGGAGGGGAUCAGUAACCUCACUAGCAUGUUGAAAGACGACGAGCUCUUCAAGGAGAUACCAUCUCGCUCUCCUGAAGCCAUAUCCACGGACUCCAGCACAUGAGCAUAAACCUGUGAUAGCAGAAGAUCCUGGAGAACCAAACGUCUGUCCCUUAACUGUGAUAAAUUGUUUUCUUUAAGCGCAAACCGCUCCACACAGCAUCACCUGUGAAGAUCAUUUUACACGUUUCCAGAUCCGUAAGCCUACUGUGAUGGUAUGUUCGAGUCUGACAAUCAAAAGCGAUCGACAACCGUGGAAGGGUUUUUUUUUUUUUAUUAUUUAUUCUUCUUUUUACUGUCUACAGCAUAACGUGUUUGAGUACCAAAGACUGCAAAUGAUGACCAAAAAUAUUUUAAAUCUUAUUUUAGUUGGAUUUCAUCCUUAUUCUUAUAAUCGGUUUUAAUGUAUACAUUGACUCCUGCAUAUAUAAUUGCAUGUGUUGCUUUGUACUGAAUUUAGACACCUACUGCCUGGCAAGUACAUUAGGAGUCUUGAGUCGUAAUAAUUUCAUUUGAAGCAUCUAGUCUGUGCACCACUGGAUAGUUAUUCUUUAACCAGAGUUGUCCAUGUGUUGUCUGUCGUUUUAAUGAAUUGAAGUCAAUAAAAUUGUGACUCAUCUUAAUCUGUUAUAUACAGUACUUUUGUUUUUUAGACACUUACCAAAUUCAUAAGAUACUCCAGUUGGCACAUUUUUUUUUAGCGUUAAUAUCCAUUUUAUAUAAUUUAUAUAUUAGUGAUUUUCUAAUUCAUAUUAUAUUGUUUCAUAAUUCAAGUUGGUUUUAGUCUAAGAGCUGCAGUGAAACCGAAUGACUGACUGAAUUGUAAUUGGUUGGGUCAUUUCAUUUUUUAUAAUGUUUAACUAUUUUUAAAUUUGUUUGAAGCAGGUUUAAUAAAUUGACAAACUGCUGAGAUGUUUGUGGCCCAGUUUAAGAACCGAUGCUAUAAUGUCAGUCUCAUGUUACGUUUGUCUAACAUUUCUUCUUUAUUAAAUCA